AUGGACGAGGUUGACGGCAUGUCGGCCGGUGAUCGCGGCGGUGUCGGAGCUCUGGCGAAGUACUGCAAAAAGACAGAAGUGCCUCUGAUUCUCAUCUGCAACGAGCGUCGUUUGCCCAAGAUGAAGCCCUUCGAUCAUGUUGCCAUGGACAUUCAGUUCCGACGACCGACAGUCGAUCAGGUUCGAUCUCGUAUCAUGACCAUCUGCCACAGGGAGGGACUAAAGCUUCCCCCUCCAGUGGUCGAUGCGUUGAUCGAAGGCAGCAACAAGGAUAUUCGUCAAAUCAUCAACAUGAUUUCGACAGCAAAACUCGACCAGUCAGCCAUGGAUUUCGACCAAGGCAAGGCCAUGACCAAGGCUUGGGAGAAGCAUGUCGUUCUGAAGCCCUGGGACAUUUGCCAGAAGAUGCUCGGAGGCGGCCUCUUCGCGCCUUCUAGCAAUGCCACGCUCAAUGACAAGAUUGAGCUCUACUUCAACGAUCAUGAGUUCAGCUACCUGAUGAUCCAGGAAAACUAUCUUCGAUGUAAGCCCAUGGCGUUGAACAACAGAGGUUACAACAAAAGGGAAGAGAACCUCAAGGCGCUCGAACUUUUUGAUCAAGCGGCAGAGAGCAUCAGUGACGGUGAUCUCGUCGAUCGCAUGAUCCACGGACCGCAGCAACAGUGGAGUCUCAUGCCAACGCAUGCAAUCUUCAGUACCGUACGCCCUGCCAGUUUCAUCGCCGGCCAACUCAUGGGAUCCAACUUUACCUCGUGGCUUGGCAACAACAGCAAGACGGGCAAGCUCAACCGAUUCAUCCGUGAGAUUCAUGCUCAUAUGCGACUGAGGUCCUCUGGUGACGCGAAUGAGAUUCGCCAGCAAUACCUUCCUGUCCUGUGGGAACGGAUUAUCCGCCGCCUUGACAUUGAGGGCAAGGACAGUGUCUCGGACAUUAUCGAUCUUAUGGACAGCUACUACUUGACUCGCGAUGACUUUGAUGCGAUGAAGGAGUUAGGUACAAUCAAAUGUCCCACCCUGUUCCUUUCAUGA